UAAUACUUCCUGUUGAAAUCAGAGUUCGAGUCGAGGAAUUGAUAGACAAUUGAUAGGUAGAAAAGGAGAGAAGUGUUCUCAAGAUAUGACAUUGAGCCAAAGCAUAAAGUGAAAAAGAAGAAUGGAAUGAUACACAGAAGAGUGUCAAGCACUUCAACGUUCUUUACAGUUGAUCAAAGUUCACCUCCAGCAUCCCCAAAUGUGUGCUUGACUCCGGCUAAGGUGAAUGAAGUGAAAACCAUGAAUUUCAGAUGCAAAAGUACUAAAUCAAUCUUGACCAAGCUUAAGCAGAAAGACCCUAGAAAAAGCACAAAAAAUAGGAUCAGCAAUGUUAAGAAGAGGAGAGAAACUUCUACUAUUCCUAAUGAAAGAUUUGGCAGAUAUGAUUCCAAUGGACUAGAGAUUGACACAGAUUUCAAAGAGUUUUACUUUGAAUCACAACAGCAGAUCUCUAAGAGAAGAUCUACAGUGCAAGAACCGCUGGUUUAUCAGUUCCUAGAGGGCAAUCCAUUUGGGUUUACACCUUAUGACUCGGGUAAAAUCAUUGGAAAUUAUAAUUUUAAAGAGACUGAUCUGAAGAUUUUUUCAGAGCCCGAUAUCGAUGAUCAAAAGUCAUCAGUAUUUUUGACAAGUGAAACUUAAAAGGAUGCAUAAUUACAACUGUUUCAAUAAA